CUUCGUCUUUUCCACGACGCGCAGGAAGCGACGAGCCGACCACGGCGGCGCCGUGGAGGUUGAGGAGGGAGAGGCCAGCGCGCACCACGAGGGGCCGGACCUGAUCAGCCUCCUCCCGGACUGCGUCCUGGGCGAGAUCGUCAGCCUCCUAGACACCGAGGAGGGCGCCCGCACCGCCGUCCUCUCCCGCCGCUGGCGCUACAUCUGGCGCUCAGCGCCGCGUAACCUCGACGAUCGUCUCCGGUUCAUCUACCCCGACAGGGAACGCCUGCAAGUCAUCUCCCAAAUCAUCGAUGCUCACCCGGGCCCCGUCCGCCGCCUCGCCGUCAGGUCCUUCAUCUCCUCCUACGUCCGCCGCUACAACGAUUGGUUCCCCCUUCCGAUGUUCGACGCGCUACAGGACCUCGUCCUCCACUUCCCCUACACACCCGACCGCCUUCAUCGGAUGCCGGCCACCGCACUCCGCUUCAGCUGUCUCCGCGUUCUGGACAUCGACAACUGCACCUUCUCGGCCAUCGGUUUCUUGCCGGCCUUCCCCUGCCUGACCUAUCUCUCUCUCUCCGCCGCGUCGGCAUCACCGAGGAGCUCCUCCAUGGCAUGAUCUCCAAUAGCCCGGAAAUUGAGCAUUUAAUGCUCGACACGAAUUUUGGCCACCGCCGCCUGUGCCUCUCCCUGCCAACGCUAAGGUGCCUGGCGGUUUCGGUCACACACUUCAAUAGGAUGGAGGAGAUUGAGCUGGAGGACAUCGAAGUUGAGGAUGCUUCAAGCCUGGAACGGCUAGUGAUGCAUGAGACCAAAUAUGGUCCAUCCGUGAGGAUUCCUGGACCGACAAAGCUCAAGAUGUUAGGCUACCUUGGAAAUGGCUUUCCCAUUAUUCAGCUUGGCCACACGAUCUUUAAGCUUGGCGGACCAGUUCAUGGUUCCCGUCAGCUUGGCGGACCAGUUCUCCACGGUGACAAUAUUAGCAUUAGACAUGCCUCAGCUGAAGUUGAAGGUUGUCAUUGGGUAUUUAUCAUGUUUUCCGUGCUUGGAGAAGCUCCAUGUCAAGUUGCUGACGUAUGCAUGGGAUAGCUAUAAGUGUGCCCUGCGCUGGGAUCCAUCUUCUCCUAUCGAGUGCCUUAACCGAAGUCUGAAGACCAUCGUGCUGCAAUUAUAUGGAGGGCGAAGAACACAUGUUGAAUUCGCCAAGUUUUUUUAUCAAGAGAGCAAGGGUCCUAGAGCUCAUGAAAUUCUGUUCCAUUAGAGCGGACACAACAAGAUGGCAUCAAAAACAGCAUAGGCAGCUCAAUAUAAACAGCAGGGCUUCAAGGCGUGCCAAAUUUCUUUUUGUGCGACAGUGUGAUUCGCCCUCAAGGUUUGGGAUGGAUAAGUGCUUCUCAAGGAAAGAGCCCUUCAAAGAAACUAUAUGAUUGGUGAUUGUUUCUGUGUCGCUGUGUUCCAUAUUUCCAUUCUUCGUGGAGUCAGUCUGUCAGUGCGUGUUCCGACUCAAUUG